AGCCGCUCUGCGCAAGCGCAGGAAACAGAAGCGCCCGGGAGCGAAUCACCAUCCAGGAAACAAAACUGCCGGCUUUCAAAUCCUCCGCCUCCUGUGAACGCCAUCAUCAUCAUCCUCCCCCUCUUCUCGAGAAGCGGCGGUCGAGGCAGGAGCGGCGACGUGACGGGCUGCGGUCGGGGACUCCGCAGGUUCGGGGGUUUGAUUUAUUGCAGCACGUUUGACAAAGCGGCGGGAAGAAGCGCGGGAGGCAUACUUCUCAACUGGCAACAGCAAAGGUUGGCACAAUCCAGAAAUGGCCUCGGAAGACAUAACAAAAUUGGCAGAGUCACUUGCCAAAACCCAAGUGGGUGAUGGACAGCUGAGCUUCAAAGGCAAGAGUCUGAAGCUGAACACUGCAGAAGAUGCUGAAGAAGUGAUUAAAGAGAUUGAAGAGUUUGAUGGUUUAGAAGCAUUGCGCCUAGAAGGCAACACAGUGGGAGUGGAGGCAGCAAAGGUCAUUGCCAAGGCUCUUGAGACAAAAUCUCUGCUUAAGAAGUGUCAUUGGAGUGACAUGUUCACUGGGAGACUGCGGUCAGAGAUUCCUCCUGCUCUGAUAUCCCUUGGAGAUGCCCUAAUUACUGCUGGCUGCCAGCUAACAGAACUGGACCUGAGUGAUAAUGCCUUUGGCCCUGAUGGGGUGCGUGGGUUUGAGCCCCUGCUGAAGAGCCCAGCCUGUUUCACAUUACAAGAACUCAAGCUAAACAACUGUGGGAUGGGCAUUGGCGGUGGCAAGAUCUUGGCAGGAGCUCUGAAAGAGUGUCACAGAAAGUCAAGUGCUCAAGGCAAAUCUUUGGCUUUGAAGGUAUUUGUAGCUGGAAGGAACCGCUUGGAAAAUGAUGGUGCAACUGCUCUUGCUGAGGCAUUCAGUGUUAUUGGGACUUUGGAAGAGGUUCACAUGCCACAGAAUGGAAUCAACCAUCCAGGAAUUACAGCCCUAGCUCAGGCUUUUGCAGUCAAUCCUUUGUUGAGAGUGAUUAACCUGAAUGAUAACACUUUUACUGAGAAGGGAGCUGUGGCCAUGGCAGAGACACUGAAGAAACUCCGACAAGUUGAAAUCAUCAACUUUGGUGACUGUCUGGUGCGUUCAAAAGGAGCUGUUGCUAUUGCUGAGGCUGUUAGUGAAGGACUUCAUAAACUAAAGGAGCUCAAUUUGUCCUUCUGUGAAAUUAAAAGAGAUGCUGCUUUGAUUAUUGCUGAGGCUACUGAGGACAAGUCAGAGUUGGAGAAGCUAGAUCUCAAUGGUAAUUGUUUUGGAGAGGAAGGCUGUGAACAACUUCAGGAGAUCCUUGAAGGUUUUAACAUGGCAGAGGUGCUUGCAUCCCUAAGUGAUGAUGAAGGAGAAGAUGAUGAUGAAGAGGAAGAGGAUGAUGAAGAGGAAGAUGAUGAUGAAGAGGAAGAUGAUGAUGAAGAUGAAGAUGAUGAUGAAGAGGAGGAAGAAGAAGAAGAGGAACAACAUCCUCGGGUUCAGGAAAGGGGCCAGGGAGAGCAAGAAUUGCUUACACCACAGAAAAUCAUAGAGGCACAUGAUGCUCCUCCAGUGUCUUCUCCUCCUCUCCCUUCUGUGGAUGUUGGCACUUUCUUAGCUUUCCCAUCUCCAGAAAAACUCUUGCGACUGGACCCCAAGUGCUCAACACUGAUAGCCCAGCAGACGGAUACAUCUGAUGCAGAGAAAGUUGUUAAGGUUUUUCUGAAGAUCUCCUCUGUCUUCAAAGAUGAGGUACCAAUAAAAACAGCAGUAAAUCAAAUAACAGAUGCCCUGAUGACAGCAGCAUUUUCAUCAGCUACCUUCAAUUCUAAUGCUUUCAUUACCAGCCUCCUGAUUCAUAUGGGAUUGCUCAAGGGAGAAGAGAAAAUAAAGGAUUUCCCAAGUCUUCACGGCCCUCUGAUGGCAUUAAAUCAUAUGGUACAGCAGGAUUAUUUCCCAAAGUCACUCGUCCCAAUUCUCAUGGCUUUUGUCUCAAAACCCAACCAUGCUUUAGAUUCCUGCUCUUGUGCGCGCCACUUGCUGCUACAGACUCUCCACCAUCUGUAAGGCAGAGGCAUCCCUGCCCUUCCUCCAGUCGGGACACGCAUCAGAGCACUCUUAGCCUGGAAAGGCAGCAAAGAACUUAUAGGCGAGGCAUUGUCACCAGGAUGCCUGGUUGCCUUCUGCUAAAACAAGAUUUGAGGAACUCUGCCAUGUGUUUAUAUUUUAAUGGUUUUGUGUUUCUUUAGUUGUUGCUUUUUUUAGUUCCCUCUUUCCAAAGUGAACUCUGCAUUACCCAGUAUCUCUCUUUUUGGAGGGAAGGGGGAAUGGUUUCUCUUUCUCCAAGAUGAAUUCUCCCUCAGCUUUUCUACAUGUGGUUUCGCUGGAACUUCAGGACUUGACGAAGAUCCCAAAAUAUAUUGUUAAAAAACAGCCUCCCUUGGGGUAAUAAUGACAUUUUGCAUAUAGCUUAAUUACUGCAUUGUGUUCUCAGUAUUAAGGUUUUUCCUUCAGGCUUGGGCCAGCACCAAUCAUAAAAUUUUGCCUUUUUGAGGGCUGUUUCUUAGCCUUCUAAAUGUAUAGGAUAUGCUGUAUAUAGUCCUAAUUUGGAGAUAUUUUGUUUCCUAUUUGGUUUUCAUGUGUGAGCCUUCAUCUCUAUUUUUUAUUAGAAGGACUGAUUAUGGGUGGCCUGCAUAAGAUGUUGCUUCACAUACAUAAAUAUGUGCCCAAUUAAAAAAAAGUUUUGGUUCACAGUAA